UUAUUACAUCAGCUGUGUUGUCACUGGGACAACUGGAUAGGUCAGAACACGGGACGUACAGAUGUACGGCUAGGAAUGGUGUCAGAGAGUUGACUACAGCUACAAGUGUAACUAUAUCAUAUGGUCCUUUAACUGUGAUGUUGACCCCGUCGACUACAUCCUACACCUUAACAGAAGGACAGACUCUCCCUACCGUCACGUGCUCGUCUGACUGUAACCCAGUAUGUGCCUACAGCUGGACAAAGGAUGGACAGUCCCACACAACAGGGUCAGAUCUCCAGCUCACUAACAUACAACGUGGUCAGACGGGCGUAUACAGGUGUACGGCCAGUAACGGAUACGGUAGUCGGACAUCUAGUGACGUCAGUGUUACUGUAAACUACGGUCCUGGGGCGUCUAUUUCAAUUUCUCCAGCGGACACAACCUACACCAGGACUGAGGGGGACACGUUAACGGACAUCACCUGUACAGCUGACUGUAGACCUGGCUGUACCUUUGUCUGGAUAAAACCUGACAACACCAAUUUUACUGCCUCAGCUGUGUUGUCACUGGGUCAACUCGUCAGAUCAGAACACGGGACGUACAGAUGUACUGCUGGGAAUGUUGCCGGAGAGUCAACUACAACUACCAGUGUUAUCGUUACAGUACAGUACGGUCCUGGUACCUCUAUCACCUUGUCUCCACCUGACACUACCUACACCAGGACUGAGGAGGACACGUUACCGGACAUCACCUGUACAGCUGACUGUAGACCUGACUGUACCUUUGUCUGGACAAAACCUGACAACACCAACUUUACUGCCUCAGCUGUGUUGUCACUGGGACAACUGGACAGAUUAGAACACGGGACGUACAAGUGUACUGCUAGGAAUGUUGUUGGAAUGUCAAAUAAAACAGCAACUGUUACCAUACAGUAUGGGCCAGGAGACAGCAUCACGUUCGAACCAACGCAAGAUAAAAUAGAGAGAGUUGAAAACCAGACUGUCCCAAACAUAAGUUGUUCUGCUGAUUGUAGACCCCCAUGUACGUAUAGCUGGUCCAAAUCAAAUAGUAUUCGUCCAAAUCCGCUGUCUCUGUCAAGGGUUACGAGGAACAACGCUGGGACAUACAAGUGUACAGCUAACAACGCCAUCAGCAGAGGAACGAAAAGCUGGAUUCUAAUCGUCAAAUUUCCUCCUGAAAUAGACAGUCUUGCUUACAACCAAGGAGACGUUGAUAUGACGGAACACGGAUCAAAGACUCUCAUUUGUAAGGUGGAGAGUGUCCCAUCGUCUACAAUAACAUGGUACUACAAAAACAAUGACACAAAACUGUUUAUCGCCACAGAUGUACUGGAGAGUAGCUACACCCUGACUACUGCUGGCUGUCUGGACACAGGACUAUACACCUGUUCUGCCAGGAACAGUGUCUCUAACACAGCAGUGACCAAGGACAUAAGGAUCAACGUUUUGUGUUCGCCGCGCCUUGAUCCAAGAGUGUUCACAGACCGAAAGAUGGGGUUGGCCACCCAUGAUAAUCUAACUAUGAAUGCCAUGUUUCUGUCAAACCCAGAACCGUCAUCGUUCACAUGGACUUUCCAGAACUCUUCACAUAAUUCUUUUACUGAGCUAAACGAUGGGACAGACAACUUUGGUAUACAUAAUGCACCUUUUACAUCGAACCUGUCAGCUUUGUCAGUGGGAACACGUACGAACAUACAGGAGGCCUGGUUUGGAUUAUAUAAUGUUACAGCAAUAAACAGUGAGGGCAACGGGACAGUCACUUUCAUAGUUGCAGCUACAGGUAAAUCAAUCAUUUAG